AAAUUUUAUUAGUUGCCAACCGGCUUUCGUUGAAGUCGUACCGAGCGCUCAUUUUUUUCGAAAAUUUAUUUUUUUUUAUUAUUUUUAUGGAUCGUUGAUAUUGCGUAAAUCCGCAUUCGUGAACUACAUACAAUGAGUAAAAUAUGAUUUCAAUGCAGUAAAAAUAAUAUAUUUUUUUACAUUUGAUGGAGUGUGUGCAAGUUUAUUAAAUUGUUUUUUUUUUUUAUAUAUAUUAAAGUUGAAUGCAUUACACACUGAAAAGACAUGAUUCGUGUUAGUAAUUGUAAUUUAUUCGAUACUACAACUGGUGCUCCAUAUUUAUAAAUGUUUACUGAUUUUGUGCGCUAAUGUCAAUGGUUUUGUUGCAUUUUGUUGAGUGAAGUAAAAAACAAAAACAAAAUGAUUUAAUUGAACAGUUCAUUCUAAACAUCAAUGAUUGAGACUAAUAAUGACUACGUUAUCAUCAUGCAUGGAUCGAUAUAUCAGUCGACACAUGAUUCCUCCACCAAUGUCUCAUCAUCAAACACCGAAUCAAAGCAAUUAUUUUCAUCAGAAAAAUAUUGCUAACGGAACAUCAUGUAGGGGAGGAAAUAGUGGAAGUAAUGGUGGUGGAUCUCAUCAGCAACAGCAGCAGCAGCAACAACAACAACAAUCACAUCAUCCACAUCAUCGAAAUUAUGUGACAAAUUGCUAUCAAAAUACUAAUGGAUGGGCCGGCGUUCCAUUAAUAUCGACAGCGAGUCGACGUCCGAAAAAAUUCAACAACAAUCGCCAUACAAUUAAAUCAACGAAUCAAUUAACCGACUUUGAUGAAAAUGCAAUGUCUAGAUUGGCUAUUCAUGCCCAUGGUGCUCCGUUAAUAUUAGCUGGUCGCUAUAGAAAUAAAUCAUCGCAACACAAAAGAGAACAAUCAAAAAUAGCAUCUGGUACAUUUAAUAAAGGCGAUUCGGAUAGAAAUGGUUAUUCACUGCUACAUCAUAAACAGCAAAUGAUUCAUAACACCAAUAAUAACAACAACAACAGAAACAAUAAUAAUAACAAUAAUGUUAAUAAUUCCAACACAACCAAUGCAGUUAUUGCUAAUGGAACUUUGGAUAAUUUUUCGGUGAACAGUGACGAAAGUUCGAAUUCAUCCAAUGGCAUAAAUGUGGACACGUGCUUGCCUCGCAUUAUAAAGCCGAGAAAGCGAAGAAAAAAGGACAGAAAACCGAACGUUAAUACUCAGCAGUCGGAGUUGGUUCAGGGUGUAAACAAUAACAAUAGCAAUGCCAUGAUUAACAACAACAAUAACAAAAAUGUUAACUUCAAUUGUGUCAAUAAUAAUUUCGAACCGCUCAAUCAGGAUAUCAACAUGACCACCACACCGAUCGGCAAUAUUAGCUCGAUGAAAAAUUCACUUCCCAAUGAAAUUAUGCAAAGGUAUGAACAGGAACUGAAUGACUUGCCGGAUGGUGUGACCGAUAUUCAAAAUAAGACCGAUGGAAUUGUCGAAGAGACAAGUUCGUGCAGUUGCCGUUUGUGUGAUCCGCAGUGUCGUAUUUGGGCAUUCCCGUUGCGCAGAUCGUGUUCCGAUAAAAGUGAAACCGAAAUUCGUCAAAAUAAAAAUGUUGGAGUCAUCGGCAGCAACCGCGUAAUGACGGUACGAAAUGAGUGGAGAAGCUCACCGCAACUACUGGCCAACGGUCCCAUGCUGUGCGAUCGAUUCGAAUUUAUUGGAUCGCGAAAGGGAAGCUUCAGUGAUUCGGGAGAUUCUGGUUGCGAUAUAUUGAGUGGAUUAAGUUUCUCGGAUGAUAUUUUACGAUCGAAUAGUCGGAAUGACAAUCACAGUACGUUAGCGUCACCGUUAACCGAUAAUUUAGAAUUCAAUUUUUCCACAAAUGUUACGGACAAUAAUUCGAUAUUCGGUGAGAGUAUCAAUGAAAUUUCGCGUAAAUUGAUGGAAUCAAUGGACUUAUCCGGUCGAUCAUCAGCGUCUGAGGACAGUGGCAGUGUUUUUUCGGAUAGCGUUUUCAGUGAUGAAUUUUUUAUGAAUAUCGAAUCGUUACAACAACAGUCAAGUGAAUUAUUCAAUGCUGGCCAGACCAGUCAAAUGUUUUUCAAUCCUAAUCAAACAAUACAUACAAUUAACGAUAGUGAAAGCAUAAUGCCGGCCAAACAAAAUAAUUUAACAAAUUUAAACGAUUCGUUUGUGUUUAUUGAGAAAGAUCGCGGUGAUGAAGUGAUAAAUUGUUUUGACAUGGUAUGGUCGAAUAGACGAUUGCAGCCGGUGGAAGAAUGAUUGAUAAUGAUUGUCAUCAACAUUUUGUUUUUUUUUUGUUUGUUUAUGUUUCAAUUUACGUUUGACGCAUUUCAUCAUUUCGGAUUAUACACUUCUCAACGAUAUAACGAAUGGAUAUCACACAGAAAUUGGUAAAAAAUAAUUAAACAGUAAAACAGGCUAUGACUAUGUUUAAGACACUUUUUUUACCAUUUGACCUAAGAUUUAUACGAUGAAGCAUUUCUUUUUUAAAUUUAAAUCGUAAAUUCAAUUCAAACAUGAGAUAGAUUUAUUGAUAGAUAAGAUAUGCCUAACUUAUAGUUGACAAGUGACCAUUAAAUAGUAUGCCGAUGUUAUAAAAUACUCAAAUUUAAUUAGUUCACAUUAAUUCGAGAAUUGAUUUGUUCCGAAUUUUUUGAUCGAUAUCACUUCCGAGGUGAAAAUGUAGAUUAUGCUCAACAAAACCGGUAGAAAUGAAGCAUUUUCGAAUGAAGCACAUUUUGACAAAUUGUGAUUUCAUUUUUACUCUGGCUGAUUUUUAUUUGAACCCGAAAUUACUGCAUCUACAGUAAGAUUCAACAUAAAGGUUACACUAUUUCGUUUCGGCUUCAGCUGACCGUUUGCACUGUUUCCCAUAACAUCAGUUAGUAUGCGCUCGUUCUCGUUCGAUCGGUUUAAUCGUGAGAGACGCGUGUUUGCAUACCAAACGACCAGCUGAAGCAAAAAAUGGAGCCCUAAUAUUAAACCUUACUGUAUACCCUACAACCAUCUUUUUAAGAGAAACUAACAAACAUUCCUUAAGCCCUUUGUGCAAAUUAAACAAAAUCAACGGACGAAAAUCAAUGAAUAUGGUAGUCCUAACACGUUUAUUCCCAUUCAAACGUUCAUUUAGUACAUCAUCAGACGAGAAGUAAUAUUAAUUAAUUAAAAAAAUCGAAAAGAAAACAUCGUUUCGGUGGAACCACACUAUUGAAUUUGAAAGAAAAAACCAACACUUUUGUGGUAUAUAUUAUUGAGAACGACUGAUCCGAACGACCACACCGAGAUGGAAGACAUAAUUAUUUGCUAAAAAAAAUGAAGAAAGGAGAAGCGUAAAACGUUCUUCACCGUAUAAUAUAAUGAACGCCUGAAGUCAAAUUACAUGAAUUUAGUGAUUUGUUGUUAUCUUCUUCUUGUUGUUCUCUCUCGGUUUAGCGUUUUUUUUUCGCUGCUCUCGAAAAUCUUUUAUUUUUGUUUUUUUCUUCGGUAAAUUGUGUUAAUUAGGCGGGAAGAUUUUUACAAGUUAUUUUAAAUCGAAGGCGAUUUGUGUUUGGAGUAGUAAAUAUUCACGUCAACGAUAAAAUUACUUAAAAAAUAUUUACUUUAUGGUCAUAAUUGAAGGUGUUUCAUCCUUCAGACAUUUAAUAAACAAAUGUUAUUACGAUCCAUUCGGAUAUCAAGCAAAGGUUAGGCGUACAAAAUCUAAAAACCAUUCGAUUGAGACACAUUUUCCGAACCAGCAUUUUCAAUAAAUUUUUGCGUACAUUCUAGGGGUUUUGAAAAAAUCGUUUAAUAUUUUGGAAAACAUGGAACGUAGUUUCGUGGACAAACGGAAUACAAAAAAAUGUUUAAGCUGCUCAUUUUUACGUCGUUUUUGAGUUUUGUUAAAUAAAUUAGAUUUUUUUUUUGUCGGAAUAGCUCAGUUGAUUACCAAAUAUUUCGACCACGGUUCAUGGUCAUCUUUGUUCUAGAAUGUUAUUUUCAAAUCAAACCACUGAAGA